GAUUCAUCUCGGCGGCGUCUCCUCCCCAACCAAACCGCUGCGCCGCACAGCUCGCAGGGAGUCUCCGCAUUCUCCAGGUUCUGUUCCCCUACUGUUUGCCUGCCGGGGCAUACGAACAUUCUCGGCGGAAGCGAAGAUAAAGGGUGGGGAAUGCCUUGCCGAUCCCACUGAAUAUGAGUCAUUUUUCGUCAGAUGGGGUAUAAAUAUCUUUAACUUUAACUCGGGCAAGACAAGACAUCGUCACCAGACAUCUGUUCUAACCCGAGCCUAUCAAGCUGCACCUACCCUGUCUUUUACAACGCUACAACGCUACAACGCUUCACUUCUUCAUCGGCGGUUACCCAGGACCCAUGUCCCCACCACCCACAGCACGUAUCGCCAUCAUCGGCGCCGGCUGUUCGGGCCUCACGCUCGCUGCCGUUCUCUCCCACCUCUUGCGCACCACUCCCCUCCCUUUCACGCCUAAGAUCACCGUCUUCGAGCGGGACAGUGCGCGUACGGCGCGUGAUCAGGGCGGCUCGCUGGACAUGCAUGGAGAGACGGGGCAGCGGGCGCUCAAGCUUGCUGGGGUGUGGGACGAGUUCCUCAAGUUUGGACGAUAUGAAGGCGAUUCUAUGAAGAUCAUGGACAAGCAUGGCAAUGUUGUUAUGAGCGGGCCUGGCGGUCCCCCUCCAGGUGAAAAUCCCGGCAAACCGAACCAGGGGGAAGAAAGCGAAAUCGACGCACAUCAAUUCGACGAACCCGACGGCCGUCCCGAGAUCGACCGCGGAGUUCUCAACAGCAUCCUCAUCGAUUCCCUACCUCUCAACACUAUCCAAUGGGGCAAAUCCCUCUCCUCCCUCACUGCCCUCCCCAGCUCUCACAUGCUCACCUUCACCGACGGCACCUCGGAGGAAUUCGACCUCGUCGUCGGCGCCGACGGAGCCUGGUCUCGCACGCGCAAGUUACUCACCCCGGUCGGCCCGUUCUACUCUGGAAUAAGCUUUGCCGAGACGCGCAUCAGCGGCUGUGACUCCCGCGUGCCCCAUGUCGGCGCGUACGUGGGUCCGGGGACGAUCAUGCUCACAGCGGAGAACAAGGGUAUCUUCGCCCAGCGCAACUCUGGCGAACGAGUCCGUGUCUACUGGGCUAUGCGUGUGAGCGAGGAAUGGCCCGACUCCGGCUCUGUGGACUUUAGCUCUAUCCGCGCGGCCCGCCCAGGUCUACGUGCCCUCUUCGCUGACUGGGACCCCCACGCUCUCCAACUUCUGGAUGCUUCUGACGAACCCACCGACGCACCCGGUGUCAUCGUCCGGCCCUUGUAUAUGCUUCCCCUCGACUCCUUCAAAUGGGAACACAGGCCGGGCGUGACGCUCAUUGGCGACGCUGCGCAUCUCAUGACACCCUUCGCGGGCGAAGGAGCGAACAUGGCGAUGAUCGACGGUGCGGAACUCGCUCAAGCCCUGCUCUCCUCCUUGCUCUCCGCAGGCACCUCCCCAUCGCAGGCGGAUGUCCUCCAAGCGCUUGAAAAAGCGAUUCGUGAGUAUGAGAACCGCAUGUUCCCCAGAGCGGAGGAGACGAUGCGCGAUACCUUUGAGAGCAUGGAGGCGUUCAUGAAUGAUGAUGCGCCGCAGAGCGGGGUGAGGUUCUUCAAGGAGUCGAUAGCGAGGGCUAUGGAGGCUAUGGCUGCUGCUCAGGCGGCUGGCGAGUCGAAGUGAGUGCUUCAGGACGUUUAACGUGAAGCGCGGAAAGGAGUUGGAGAUAUAAUCAUUUGGGUGCAUCAGUUUCGUUUCGUUUUCUUUUU